AUGGAGCUCCCAACAUAUGCCGUUUCACAAUCUCUAUUGGCAUCACGAUCUGUCUCGUCCCCACGUGGAGACCAGCCGGUACGAGCAGCAACAAACGGAACCCAAGGUCAAGGUCAAGGUCAAGAUGGUCAAAAUUUGACAGGCAAAAGAAAAAGGACAAACCCUGGAUAUCCCUCAAGAGAAUCUCCAAAGGGGUCCAGCUCAAGGUGCAAUGGACUUACACAAUACGCAGUUCCAGCAUCUUUUCAGUCACCGCAGAUAGUCCAAUAUUCCCCUCCAAACCAAAUAUUACGAACCCCGCCAUCCAACGACGUUGAUGACCAGUUGUCUGUGAACUCUCGAUCAGAACCAGUGUAUCCAACACUCGGAGUCCCUGGGGCUGUCAGACAAACACAAGAGCAAUUGCAAUUGCACGCUGCCAGAAUACCGGCGUCUCAUUUCCUAAAUAAUGUUCCCAACUUUGGAUAUCACUCAACUGACAAAGAUGUUGCCAUGAAGCAAAACUACUUCUCGGACUCGACUUUCUUUCCAAGCCCGGCCAUUACAGAUACAUGGGGAGAACUGCCUGCUCCGGAUCUAUCUUGGGAAACUACUACUAGGCCACACAGUCCUGGAAACAGAGCUACACCUACGGUCGACAAACAUGUGUCGGUGUCGGCUUUUGAAGCGGCACUAGAAACAGGCGAGCUCGCAUCGGAUAGGAGUAUUCAAAACGCAUACAAUGCUCCCAGCACCACGGGAGAUAACCAUCUCGAAACUCUGGUUUCUAUUCAGGAUGGCUUAUCACAAGUUUUAAAGGCUGUUGAAGCAGCUGGCUUUGAUAGCCUGGACAGUGCCGUCAUCGCAUACUACCAAAGAUCAUCCAAAGGCAACGAAUGGCUCCGACAGGAACAGAGACUGAAUCGUAUGCGACGGUUACCUGUUCUCUUGAAGGAGCUCCAUCUUGCAGCACAAGGCUGGGGUCAGUGGGAGCGGAGGAACUUCCAGGAGCAAAUCAUCAAGAGCACAGAGGACAUUCUCUUUGCUGAGCUACAAGACCAUCUUGCGACGAGGCGGAAUUCUCCCCAUGCCUCACCAUGCAGUAUUGAGCAGAGAAGCCAAGCCCGUCAGCACAUGAUGGAACAUGACGCAGAUCCAGAAGCUGAGUUUUAUGAUACAUCACAUGGGACCGAGGGCAUUCCUGCUGAUGAAAUGCUACACGUCAACUUGCUCUUAUAUUGA